AUGGGGGGGGGGAUCGCCCGAGAAGACGACCGGAUUGAAGAUCCGCUGCUUUCCGAGGCGGGGAGGUCGUCGGAGCAACAGCAGGCAGUGGCGGAGGAGGAGAACUCACCGAUAGAGCAGGUGGCGCUGACCGUGCCGGCGACGGACGACCCGGCGCUGCCGGUGCUGACUUUCCGAAUGUGGGUGCUGGGGACCCUCUCCUGCGUUGUCCUCUCCUUCCUGAACCAGUUCUUCUGGUACCGGAAGGAACCCCUCACCAUCACCUCCAUAUCCGCCCAGAUUGCCGUCGUGCCGCUGGGCCGCCUGAUGGCGGCGGCGCUGCCAUCACGGGCCUUCCUCGCCGGCACCCGCUGGGAAUUCUCCCUGAAUCCCGGGCCCUUCAACGUGAAGGAGCACGUCCUCAUCACCAUCUUCGCCAACUCCGGCGCCGGCAGCGUCUACGCCAUCCACGUCGUCACCGCCAUUAAAGUCUUCUACAAGAAGCACAUCACCUUCUUCGUCUCCUUCCUCGUGGUCUUCACCACUCAGGUGCCUCCCCUCUUCUUCUCCUUCUGUUCUUCUCCUCCCCCGCCGCUCCGCCGCCGGCUGAGCCGUGCUUGAGAUCUCAGGUGCUCGGAUUCGGGUGGGCCGGAAUAUUCCGGCGGUAUCUCGUCGAGCCGGCGGCGAUGUGGUGGCCUUACAACCUCGUGCAGGUCUCCCUCUUCCGGUAUAUCUCUCUCCCUCUCUUUCUCUACCUUUCGGUCUACCGACCACUCUUCGCAAGGGUCCUGUUCCUCCACGUACCCCACAUUACCGUCCACGUUGCCAGCCUGCGCGUCGACGAGGGGUAGUUGACCGCGACAUUAACCGCCUAGGGACUUUAUAGUAACUUUACACGGAAAUAAUACAUGAUGGAUGUACACGUAAAUAGAAUCCUUUAGAGGGUAAAUUGUUAAGUUAAGGUUUAUUAUUGGGCCCCAAUUUGAGUAGUUCCCGCCUGGUUGCAGAGCUCUGCAUGAGGAAGAAGAAAGGUCGAAGGGGAGCAUGACGAGGAACCAGUUCUUUCUGGUCGCCUUCGUCUGCAGCUUCGCCUACUACGUUUUCCCCGGGUACCUCUUCCAGAUGCUGACCUCGCUCUCCUGGAUCUGCUGGUUUUUUCCCCGCUCCGUUCUCGGGCAGCAGAUUGGAUCGGGGCUCUACGGGCUCGGGGUUGGCGCCGUAGGGCUCGAUUGGGCCACCAUCUCUGCCUACCUCGGGAGCCCGCUGGCCAGCCCCUGGUUCGCGACGGCUAAUGUUGCCGCCGGCUUCUUCGUCGUGAUGUACGUCAUUACGCCGGCGGCCUACUGGCUGAACGUCUACAAGGCGAAGAGUUUCCCCAUAUUCUCGGAUGGGCUGUUCACCUCCUCCGGCCAGCCUUACAAUGUCUCCAGCAUCAUCAAUGACAACUUCCAUCUCGAUCUCGAGGCUUACGAGAAGGAGGGGCCCCUUUAUUUGAGCACCUUUUUUGCGAUGACUUACGGAGUUGGGUUCGCGUCCCUGACGGCCACUCUCGCCCACGUCCUCCUCUUCCACGGAAGGUGAGGGAUUCGAUGACAUUGCUUAUUCUCGAGUUUGAACGAAACUUUCGGCUACGACCAAUGCCCCCCGUGGAAGAAAAAAAUACUAGCAUUGCUUCCAUUUUAGGGACGGUUUUUCAGGAAUGAGCCGUGUGAUCGAAAUGUGUCCACGACAUUGACUAAGAUUCUUCAAAUUCUUCUUUAUAAUUCAUCUGCCUAAUCCUUAUUUCAUUCGAGCUUGGAAAUUCAUGGGAAACUUUCUCUUUUAUGACGAUUUUAAAGAAAUGAUCUGCGUCAUUGAAUCAGUAUCCUUUCAAUCCAUAUUUCUGUUCAUCAUUUACAUGCUGGUUCCGUCCAUACUCGGAUAUUCAUCGGCAAAUCUACACCUCUUAGAUGAAUUAUAUAACAGGAAUUUGAAAAUUACUAUUAAUCUACCAAAGUAUAGUUCGUUGCCGUAGCUCAUUCGUUCAAAAUCGUCACAAACAUGAAAAAAAUUCCCAUGAAUGUCCAGGUUUUAAUGGCUCCAUCACGCGUUGGAUGAAUUAUAAUUAGGAAUUUGAAAAUUACUAUUAAUCUCACAAAUAUACUUUAGUGCCACUGUUCAUUCCUGCAGAAUCAUCACGAAAAUGAAAAAAAAUUCCCAUGAAUGUCUAAGUUCGAACGGCUCCAUCGAGCACCAUAUGAAUUAUAAUUAGGAAUUUGGAAAUUAAUAUUAAUCUCACAAAAAAAAAUUAGUGCCACAGCUCAUUUCUGCAAAAUCAUUACGAAAAGCAAAACAAUGCCACUAAUCUCACAUAUGUGAUCGUGAAUAUGCACAGAGAAGUAUAUCUGCUGAGCAAGUCUGCCUUCAAAGAGAAUAAGAUGAACGUCCACACGAGGCUCAUGAGCAUAUACCAGCAAGUUCCUGAAUGGUGGUUCAUCUGCAUUCUUCUGGCUAAUAUUGCUCUUACAGUAUUUGCAUGUGAGUACUACAACGAGCAACUCCAAUUGCCAUGGUGGGGCGUCCUGCUGGCAUGUGCUCUCGCCUUCUUCUUCACUCUACCCAUUGGAAUCAUCACAGCCACCACAAACCAGGUAAAUCACCAGAUUAUUGCUGAGAGACAUUUUAAUCUAGGUUCUGCAACAUUAUGUGACCCAAUGCAUGCUUUGUAGACACCAGGCUUGAAUAUCAUCACCGAGUAUAUUAUGGGGUAUCUAUAUCCAGGGCGUCCAGUGGCUAACAUGUGUUUUAAGGUGUAUGGAUACAUAAGUAUGACACAGGCGUUGACAUUCCUUCAAGAUUUCAAACUCGGCCAUUAUAUGAAGAUCCCUCCGAGAACAAUGUUCAUGGCACAGGUUGGUUUGAUCUUUAAUUGAUUGGUUUCUUCAUUCAAAAGAGGAGUUAUUUAUUUCCAUUACCCGCAUAAAAAUAGCGAUGACCAGUAUGUGAGCACAACCACCUAGAGGGUUCAGCUCACUUGCAGGCCUUUGACCUUCAUUUUAUACUACAUCAUACCAUUUGUAAGUCAUAACAGCCGAAAAAUAUGAAAGGAUGGCUAAGAUUUGGCUUUUAUCAGAACAUUUUUUCUCAUCACUCGGAGUCAACGCUCAGCAUCAUUAUGAAAGCAUAUGAAUCUUAUAAUCCUGGCAAGCGUGAUUCCUCCCUGAACUGAACACAUUUGUAAUUCAGGAACCAGAGUGGAGACCAACAAAGCCUAUGGAUCUGAUCAGCAGAAUGUUAAAUCAGAAUUGAGCCAUUUCAUGUCACAGAGUGCUCAAUCUCACAUGUUAUGGUCAUCAGGAGUCUGGCUUAUUGGGUCAUUAGAUCACAAGCACACAAGCACCCAAAAACUGCAGCUCAAAUACGCUGGCUUAUCAUGGGGCAUAAUCUGCAACCUUACAUAGUCUGGGUUUUAAUAAAUUGAGCUUAUUGGGCCCAUGAUCCAUAUGCAUACCAAAAACACCAGCUUAAAUACCAUGUCUUUUCAUGCCGGAUAACUUUCAAUCUUACAUAUUAUUGUUAUAAGAAAUCAUGGUUCAAUAUGAUGCAUUUUCAUGCUGCGUAAUGUUCAAUCUUACAGUCACUGUUUAAGAAAUCAUGCUUAUUUGGGUAAUUGAUCAGAUAAACUCACCAAAAACCGGAGCAUUAAUUCGACUCCUUCCAUAUUGCAUAAUGCUCUAUCAGACAAAAAUCUCGUUAUUAGAAAUCAUGCUUAGUAAUCAUUUUACCUCUGCCAAUGACCCUGGAAUGAUAAUCAUCUGCCAGGUAGUUGGAACCCUCAUUGCCGCUAUGGUGUACCUGGGGACUGCAUGGUGGCUCAUGGAAUCCAUUCCCGACAUCUGCGACACAGCAUUGCUGGCCUCGGACAGUCCGUGGACCUGCCCAUCUGACCACGUAUUCUAUGACGCAUCAGUCAUAUGGGGCCUCAUUGGGCCCCGCAGGAUAUUCGGAGAUCUGGGCACCUAUUCAGCCAUCAACUGGUACUUCCUCGCCGGAGCAAUCGCCCCACUCCUCGUCUGGUUAGCCCACCGGGGCUUCCCGCAGAAGGAGUGGAUCCGGCUCAUCAACAUGCCGGUGCUCAUCGGCGCCACCGGGGGCAUGCUGCCGGCCACCGCCGUCAACUACACCACCUGGCUCCUCGCCGGAUUUCUCUCCGGCUUCGUGGUCUACAGGUACCGCCGCGAGUGGUGGCGCCGCCACAACUACGUCCUCUCCGGCGCCCUGGACGCCGGGCUGGCUUUCAUGGCGGUGCUGCUUUAUCUCUGCCUGGGUCUGGAGAAUAUCAGCCUCAGCUGGUGGGGGAACGACUUAGAUGGAUGCUCUCUGGCCUCCUGCCCCACCGCUAGAGGCGUGGUUGCAGAGGGCUGCCCGAUUUCGUGA